AUGCUAAGCUUUACUUUUGUUCUUUGGAAUGUUGGAUAUUUCUUAUAUAUAUAUGGCACCAUCUUCAUUAUUAUCCUAAUUAUCUGGCAAGUGAAAAGGAGUUACCAUGGAUUAAGGUUGGAACCUAAAACAAGCUGCUGCCUGCAUCACCAAAAAGUGAAGCAAAAGGCUAGAGAUGCAGCAAUAAGAGCUAGGAGACUUUCCCGGAAAGAAGCUGAGAAGCCAUGGGAGCUGCUGUCUGUCAUGAAAAGCCAGAGCUGGCUUCCUCAGGAGGGAAGUGUGCGGAGGCUACUAUGUGCAGAUACCUGCUGCCAAGUCUGCAAUACCAUGGCUCUGGAAAUCCAGCAGUUGCUGGAGGGUGAGAAAAUCCUGAUGUCUCCCGCUUUACCGGGGCCAUCACAGAGCUCCUCUCACCUAGAGAUUUUGUCCAAGUCUAAUGUAUCUUUUGAGCACAGUCUGGAGCAUCACUCCACAUGCUCUCAAGAACUUUCACUUCCAUCUGCAACACCUUCAGCAUCACAAUUAAUGGAUCAGAAAUAUUUAACCCAGCCAAUUCCCUGGUCAGCAGCCCAAUCACCUGGUACAGUUAGUAGGCAAGAACACUGGGCUGAAAAUGUCCAGCUACAAGAAGGAUUUCAGGGUCCAGAUAUGCCCCAACUUCAAGAGACUAUGUAUGACGCAAGGUUUGAGGAAUCUAGGAUUCCAGUGAACCAGCAAGAGAUUAUACAGCAAAACCUCACCCUUGUGUAUGGGAACCAAGGUCAGCAGCCCUUGCAUCCCCAGGUCUCUCUGCCAAUCCUGAACCAAGAUAUCACUAUCAUGGCACAUCCUAUAGCCUUGCCUAUGGUCACUGUCCUCCCUACCCACCUGCCAUUCCCCAGUCCUGAAGUCCUGAGGCUUCUUGAGGUACAUGUAAAAAAAUGGAUGCAUUUCCAGAGGUGGGGGCUGCCCAGGCGUGUAGAGGAGUCCCUGAGGCAGUUUAUCCCAAACCCACCAUUGUUUUACCAACCUCUAAAUAACCAACCAGCUUUUUUCACCCAAAAUGAUACUUCUGAAUUCUCUGUUGAGAAACUUGCCACCAUUUCCUACCAGACCUGGGGUUCAAGUAUGGCUGGCCAGGCAACCCAGGCAUUCUGGGUUUCUCAGUGGUCCCUUAGAGACCCAAUACAAAGACACCACUACCACCAAAAUGCAAGCCACGUGGCUCUGGCCUUGCCCUCUGCAUCCCUUAAAGACUUAAGUGGCCUCUAUCCACUUCCUAGGCAACAGGCUAAGGACUCAGUGGGCCAUUUGCGGCUGAAAUUCAGCCAGCUAUUCUGUGGCCUCCCUUCUCUGCACAGUGAGUCCCUGGCUGACACCUUCUUGGGCUCUCAAGGUCACUCCACAAACGGGAGCCGGUCCAUGCUCCCCCUCCCCUCGAAGGAUCCUUUUCUCCUCAAGGACGCCCCCUUCCUCCAUCUGUUGCCUAAAACUCCACCCCAGUCACACCUGCCCUCUCCCCCAUCAUCCUCAAAUUGGGUCACGCCAUGUGACCAUCCGCAAGCUCAGGUCAAUGCCCCACUUCUGACUCUGGCCCAGUGUGAAGCCUUAGAGUGGCACCUGCUGCAGAGGCAGCUACAGCGUCAGUGGAGUUUGCCUGCUGCUUUCCAGAGAGCUCAGCACAGCCUCAGCCCUGGGCCACAUAAGUCUUGUGGCACAGCCCAGUCUCCAGAAACUGUGAAAACUUCCUGGCCAGGAAAGCCCAUCUCCGUCCUCACCAGGGAACUACUCCUCUUGCCGGACCACGCCCGGAGGCUGCUGGAAUUCCACCUCCAGAAGCAGUUGAUUCACCAUCGCUGGGGCCUGCCCCUGAAGAUCCAGCAGUCCUUCCAGUUGCUCCUGUCCCCCACUCACCAGCAGACCCCAUCCUGGAGCGGCACAGCCCUCGCCAGUGGGAGCGUUCCCCAACCCUCCGCCCUAGAAGCCGCUGGUGCUGGUGACACUUUCUCACCGUUUGAGGACCCAGUCCUCAUGCCACACUUAUUUGACCAGGUCAAGGCAAUGCUGCAGAGCCACAUUGACUCCAAAUGUGGGCAGAUUCACGAGGGCAAGGUCCCUGCCCAUGUGUGCAGGUCUUGUGAGCACAUCAUUCCUGGCGGCCUCGAAGUGGCUACCUUCACCUGCGUCCCAGAAAGCAAGCCCCUGGAGCUACAGGCAGCAGCCGACCCUGACCUGCGGCAGGAAGUGAUGUCCAGGGUGCCAGCAUCCCUGGAUCAGCAGCAACAGACCUCACCAGAAUCUGUCAUGGAACUCCCUAAGCUACCCCGAGCCCUGUCCGAGGAAGCCAUUGAGAAACUGAAGACAACUUUACGGCACAAGUAUCUGGCCUUCUUGUCAGGGCUGCCUCCCCUUUAUUAUGUGGCCCUCUCCAAGGCCAUGGCCCCAGCAAUAACUACUCAAGCUACAAUCCCGGAGGUGGUACGGGAACCUGUCGAAAUCUUAACAGAACCCCUGACUCAGGUGAGCGUACCUGAAGAGCAGGAUCUAAGGCCUGGGCCACACUUUCAAGGUGCCGGUGAGACUUGUGCAGAAACUGCAGAUGCUACUCAGCCUGAAAUGCCGGUGGAAGGAGUAACCGAGGUGGAGCCUCUAGAAAGCCAGACAGAGUCUGCCGGGCCCUGCCUCCUCAAGAAAUCCAUCUUGGCCAAACUAAAUUUCCAUCUGAGAAGGAAAGUGCUAGAGAUGCAAUGGGGGAUUCCCACAAAGGCAAGGGAGUCCAGGGAACAGACUGUAGCAGUCCCAGACAACACAUCCACACACGGGUCUCUUGGCAGUCUCAACGGCCAAGGAGAAACACCGCUCCAGAAACUCCCCAUCCCGCCAAAGCCUCCCCAUGCCCCAGAUCCAAAAUGGCUCUACCUGAAAGGACAGCUGGCCCUUGAGUUAAAGGCAUUGCAGCAGACCCAGAAGCAACGUAGGUCCAGAGCAGCACCCCAUGGUUCUGCCCACGGGUCCUCCAAGAUGUCACAACCCAGCGGAGACAUGACAGAGGGCCAGGUGCUUUGUGUUCACUUGGAGGCCAGUGUGAAGAAGCCCAGUCUGGGAGAGCCCUGGAGCCCUGAGUCCCAAAGCCUGGGCAAGAGCAAGUAUUCAGCCCAAGUCGCCAGGCUGGCUAAAAAGAAAAAGGACCCAGGGAAACCGAAAUCGGCAGGAGACCACGGAGAAGGAGAUGCAGGGUUUGUGCUGUCCUCGGCAAGAGAAGGCAGCCACCCGGCUGAAGCUCGGAGGACAGAAGGGAUGCUUCGGAACAGGGCUCCCCAAAGCCCCUGGACACAGAGACAUAGCUUCCACCUUGGUGCUCCCUGUCAACACAGUUCCCAGCACCGCCCUCACCUUAAGCCCCCAGAGCCACCUCCAGGAGUUUUUGGUGGGCAGAAAGCUAAGAAGAACGGCCAGCAAGACAGUCGAACCGGGCUCGAUGUCAGCGUCGUACCAGCGAGGAUUGCUGAGAAUGUCCAGCCUGUGGGGCUCCAGGUGUUACAGGGCCCUCCUUUCCUCAGCCAUCUCAUUCAGCAUAAGCUAUUGCAGGGCCAAAUUUCGCAAGGUCGCGUUUUGCAGAGGCAGGCCAUGCCAGUCCAUUGUCCCAGGAGGCCCGCCCUUCCAGAAUCAGGCUUGAGACAUAAGAUGAAAUCCUUUCUGCAGAGUAUAAACCUCAAUGCAAAAGGCCAAGGGCAAAAGGAGCCCAUGUUUUCGACAGCUGAGAAAAGAGCCAACACCAGAAAAGAAAAUGUACAAAGGAGGCUGGCUCCGGCCAAAAGUUCCAUGAAGAGAACCAAGACAGAGAAGAAAACAAGAGGGAACCCCAAGGCCCAACCUCCCCCUACAGAGAAGCAGGUGGGCCUCUUGGAUGGCUCCCACUCCCCAGACAGUAAGCUCCGGCAGCGCUCCUGCUCCAAGCAGCUCCACUCUGCCUCAGCCUCGCGCCACCCUCGCCACUGCCCUUGGCACUAUCCUCAAGUGGCCUGUGCCACCCAGCCUGGGAACCCACCCUAA